CUAACGUUAGUCCACGAAUGCCUGUGGAUCUGUAGGCUAGACUGGAUAGUUAGGCUUUGUUGAAAUUCACAAACAAGAAAAACAAGAGCCGCACAGCUUCAGGAUGCAAGCGAUCAACUUGGACACGUUCAGCCUGUCGCUGCUGACCGCUAAAGAGGACAUCCUGAACGGCCGCGCAUCCACAGACUGGGCGUUGUUUGCAUAUGAUGGAUUCACCAACAACCUGAAGCUCUUUGAUUCUGGAAAUGGAGGCUUGACAGAAUUGGCCCAGAAGUUUCACAUUGCCAAACCCAUGUAUGGACUGUGCAGGAUUGCACUGCCCGACGUGGGACAACCACGGAUAGUCCUGAUCUGCUGGGUUGGAGAUGAUGUGGAAGAGUAUCGAAGAACAGAAUGUGCAAGUCACGUGCCUGCAGUCAAAAACUUGUUUAAGGAAGCCCACGCGUUCAUCAGUGCCUCUAAUACAGAAGAGUUGACUGAGGAAAAGAUUGCAGCUUUUCUGGCGAACAUUCGACCACCGAUGGAGAGAUUUAGAAGAAAUUCAAGACCAACAGAGAAAGAAGAGACAGUGGGAACAAACUACAGGAAGACGAACGCUGCCAUGGAGAUGAGACGGAUUAACAGAGACUCCUUCUGGGCACGUGCAGAGCGUGAGGAAGAGGAGAGGAAGGAGGCGGAGAAGAGGAAGGCUGCGGAGGACAGGAGACGCCGGGAGAGAGAACGAGUUCUGCAGGAAAAGAAAGAGGCAGAGGAGAGAGACAGAAAGAUGAAUGAAAAACUGCAGAUGAUCGAGGAGCAAAGGAAAUUGGAUGCCAAACGUCAAGAAGAAAUGAGAAGACAUGAGAAAUCUCGAUGGGAGAUGCAGCAGAGAGAGCAUGAAGAGGAGAUGAGGGCUCGCCUCAGACGCAGCGAGUCCAUAGAGAAAGCAGCCGAGGCAGCGGCCCUCGUUUCCCAGCGCUCCAUGAACCCACGGGAGUUUUUCAGGCAACUGUCACAAAGCUCCACCAGCCCAAUGUCCCCACGCUCAGGCAAACCUCCAUUCCGUCGUUACCAGCGCAGUUUGACAGACACCGCCUUCAUCUUUGAGAAAGCCAGCACCAGUAGCGGUCCCACUUCUCCACUCAGUCCCUCUGUCACCUCCCCUUUCUCUCGCACACCGACUAGCCCCUUCAAUCGCUGCACGUCCCCAACCAGUCCAGGCUUCCGUCCAAUAACAUCUCCCCAAAGCCCUCGCGCCCCAAUGAGGACUCCUCCCACAUCUCCUAUUGAGUGCUCUGAACCACCCGUGUUCUCUCUGCCCAGCCUGCCAGGUUCCAAAGCUCCUCCACCUCAGUCCUCCCUUCCUGAGCUCCCUGCUAUCGCUGAAUCUUCAAGUGUGGUCGAGAAUAAAUCAUCCAGUGUAGAUGUUAGUGAGCAGGAACCUGCUACUGUCCCAGAUACUCCAUCUGCACCCCUGCCUGAGAACCCAAUUCCAUUAAAGGAGCUCCUCAUUGACACGUGCAUGCCGAGUGAGAUAGAGGAAGAGUUGAACAUUAUAGUUGGCCCAGUGCAAGAAGAGGCAACCUUACCACUGGAAGCAUGCACCGCUUGUCUUCCAUCCACAGAAACAACCUUCAGCUCGCAGGAUCUAGCUAAAGUGGAGGAGGCUGUCAUGCCACGAACAGAAUCCAUUGCAGUUUCCCCUCUUAUUGAGGUGGAGGAACCUAUAGAGGAGGAAGAACCAGAGCAGGAGGGAGCUGAUGAAUUAGUAGAGUUUGGUUCAAGCGGGGAACAACCAGAGUCUGAAACAUCAGCCAGUGAUGAACCAACCCUGGUGGAAGAGAUUGAAGCUGAUGUUAGAGAUGAAACAGAGGUGUAUAUGGAGGAGACUAAGAACUUUGUAAUUGAAGAAGAAAGGCCAGACCAAAAUGGUGUAUGUCCUCAGAAUGGUACAGCCAAGGAAUAUGAUGAUUCCUCUGACCACAGCACACCAGAGAAGUGUACUUACAUAGUCAAUCGCGAGGAAACCGAUGAAGAUGCCCAAAGUGAAGAGGCAGAGAACGGAGAGUCCUCAGCAGACAGGACGCUUCUACGUGUGCGAGCGCUCUAUGACUACCAAGCAGAGGAUGACACAGAGAUUUCUUUCGAGCCCGGGGACAUCAUCAUGAACGUGGAAACAGUUGACAAAGCCUGGUGGAGGGGUUUCAGCAAAGAUGGCCGCCAAGGACUCUUCCCUUCCAACUAUGUAGAGACCAUCUAAGGACUUCAGUUUUCUUUCAGAGACAGUUCUUUGUCUCUUCGAUUCAGUACCAGCACUCAGGGACCAAACGCUUUGAGGUAUCCAGCAGAGGGAGCUAAAAACAGGCUCCAAGUCUUCUGGCUGUACCACAGUGAAGGUACUAAGAGACCAAUAGGACAAAAGAGACAACAGAAAAAUAAUUGCUUGGGCAGCAGUCUUAUGUAUGGCGCAGUGAGACAGGUUGCUUGACGUUAUUCCAAACCAUAUACUGGUUAUUGUUUUUUUUUUGUUUAUUUUUAUUACCUAUGAAUUGGCUCAGCAGUAUGUUUGAUUCUUGGUUAUGUUUCUAACACAAAAGUCAGUCAUUAUUAUGAUAUUGACUGAUUUAUGGCUUUGUAAUGCUAAUGUUAGAUAUGGUAACUAUAAGCCUUCAUUACAGCUGCAUUUAGAGCAUGUAUCGUUUUAUUGUUUGUUAUCGGGAUGAUCCCUGUAUUACUUAUAAAGUUUCUAUGAUGCUGCUGAGCAGAUUUUGAUCCACUUUUAUAUGUAUUUACAUUAGGCUUGGGCAAUAUUGAUUUCUCCCUGCUCAUGAUUUACAUUUGCAGCAUUUGGCAGACGUCCUUAUCCAGAGCGACUUACAUUUAUCUCAUUCAUACAACUGAGCAGUUGCGGGUUAAGGGCCUUGCUCAAGGGCCCAGCAGUGGAAGUUUGGUGGUGCUGAUUUUUGCAGUAUGAUAUUAACUAUAUACUUGUCUAAUGAUAGUUAAGUCAAACAUGCAGUGAUGGAUUUUAUUUCAUAUUAAUGAACGCAAGAUAUUCUCCAUUAACCAUGAGAGAAAGCAAGGGCACAUGAGAUGGAGAGAAAGGGGGUGGGGCUUCUAGCAGUGUCAGUUAAUAUCAGCGAGUCCAGUACACCUGUGCAAAUCAUUCCAGAUCCAUGUGUCAGUUGGUUCAUCUCCCGUUUUAUUGGGGAGAAGAGCACCCCUUCUAUCGGUGUAUUUUUGAGUGAGAACUUGUAUUAGAGUACCCUAAAGUGUGGUGCUCCUACGCAACAUGCGCAACCGGUGGCAGGUCUUUUAAUAAUAUAAAUGUAAUAUCAUGCAGGGAUGAUAAAAUUGUUAUAUUGCACAAGCUUAAUGUAUACCCAAAUUCAUUCUGUAUCUUUUGGGUAAUGCUGAGGUGAGGAUGUCUUUCUACUAACCAACACCUGACUGAGGUCAAAUAAGGCAGUAUGCUUUUAUACUGAACUUGUGCUGAGCGAAACAUUUACAUUUUUACAAAUUAAGUGCAGGCUCAUUGAUGUAACACCAUACAUACAACAACAUAAGCAAAUUAUUUAUCACCGACAUGAUAAAUCUAUCCACUAACUUCUCUAGCAUGAAAUUUACCAGUAUGACCCAUUUUCAACUCUUUUUUUUUUGUAUCAAAUAUUGUUAGGUAAGGAUUCAACAGAACUUCACUCUACUAUUUUAUACCCAAUGACCACCUGACAGCUUCUUGUGUCUCUUUUACUUUUUCAACAAUUAAUUAAAGAUCUAUAUCUUGUA